AUUUGCCUCUCGCCGGUCAGAAGAUUUACGUCCUUGAAGUCUGCCCCAGGACUUGCUGCGAAUUAGGCAGCUCAAGAUGGACAACUCUUCAUCAGAAUAUGACUAUAUCUAUGAUGUUUUCAUAGAAGAAGAUUUCAAAGAAGAUGAAAUGGAGAACUGCUAUAAAUAUGAUGGCCAAGUCCUGGCCACACAGUUUAUGCCAAGACUUUAUCUGCUGGUGUUUGUACUGGGCCUCGUGGGGAAUACUUUGAUUCUGGUGAUCCUGAUCAAGUACAAGAGACUCAAACUCAUGGUGCACCUCUGUCUCCUAAAUUUAGCAAUUUCAAAUUUACUCUUUCUGCUCACCCUGGCAUUUGGGGCGCUCACCUCAGGGCACGGAUGGGCUUUCAGCGAUGCGAUGUGUCAACUUAUUUCCGGCUUCUACUCCCUCGGCUUAUUCAGUCAGUCAUUUUUCAUCGUGUUUUUAAUGAUCCAGAAGUACCUGUGGGUUGUCCGUCGGCUGACAUUUCACUCGAAGGCCAAGGCAGGCCACUGUGGUAUCAUUACAAGUGCUCUCAUCUGGGGACUGGCCACGUUGGCUGCUCUUCCCGAUUUCUUGCUCCGCCAAUCGCCGCUGAAAGGUGAAAGUGACACCUGCAGAUUCAGCAAGCCUCAUUACGCUUUGAGUGAUGAGAAACCCUGGAUACAUUUUCUGACCUUAAGGAUGAGCAUCUUGGCACUUCUUUUUCCUCUGCUUGUGGCUAUCUUUUGCUCCGUUGGAAUCAUAAAAGUCUUACGUAGGCAGCGGAUAAAGAAAAAGGUCACGCUUACCUUGACUUUAGUGAUUGUUUUUUUUCUCUUCUGGACCCCAUACAACCUGGUGCUUUUCUUUUCUACUUUCUCCAAAUACUUUUCCCUGAGUGACUGCGAGAGUAGCUACCGACUGGACAGAGCAAUCCAAGUGACAAACUUUAUUGCAGAUACUCACUGUUGCAUCAACCCUGUGAUCUGUGUUUUGCUUCAAGAGACAUUUAGGAAAUCCCUCUGCCGCCUUUUUAUUCGGAACAAUAGCACUCCGUGUCAUCCUGUGGAGGGACCAGAGCAAACAUUUUCUCCACCAAGAGAGCAGCUGGAACAUUCCUCUGCAUGUUAGAUUGGUCUUCAAAGAGGACUGGGACAUUUUCCUUUCAUUUCGCCGCGGUGGUUGUUCAAUAUGUUAUUGAAAGUUGCACUUUAAAAUCCAUGUUUUUUAUGCAACCUACCUUAAA